AUGGCAUAUCAGGAUGAAGGACAAAUAGCGUACGGUAAUACGGUUAUAAACUCGAAUGCUGUUGAUCUCUCGCUGCCAAUCAACUACAACAAUAUUAAGAGCAAAACUAUCUUAAUCACCGGCGGUGCAUCAGGCUUUGGGGCAGCCUGUUUUCAACUAUGGGCAAAACAUGGCGGGAAUGUCAUUAUUGGCGAUGUGAACGACAAGGCUGGCGCGGAACUGGUGGCUCAAAUCAGGACAGAGACCGGGAAUCCUAAUCACCAUUUCAUUCAUCUUGAUGUUACAAGCUGGUCAAGUCAAGCUGCCUUCUUCAAACAAGCGGCAACUCUUAGUCCGCACGGUGGGAUCGACCAUGUCAUGGCCAAUGCCGGCAUCGCCAACCCACCAGAGGAGGGUGCCUUUGAGGAGCCACCUGACUAUACUUCUAUGAAUGACCCGCCCGUGCCAAAGCACAGAACACUGGAUAUCAAUCUCGGAGGAGUUGUGUACACUGCGCACCUUGCCAUUGCUUAUCUGUCCCGGAAUCCGGGCAGUAAGAAAUGCAACCCGGAGGAGAAGACAGCGGCACGAGAUCGUCAUCUAAUCUUGGUUUCUUCUAUUGCCGGUUUGUGUGGUCUACCUAGCCUACCUUACUACGCGACUGCCAAACACGGUGUGGUAGGAUUGUUCAGAACGUUAAGAAUCACGGCAGCAAUCAAGAACGGGAUUCGGGUCAACAUGAUUAAUCCCUAUUUUGUCGAAACGCCACUUCUGGGUCUUGACGGAACACUGGUGAUGGCAGGCGGCGCAAUGGCAAAGAUAGACGAUGUCGUUCAAGCUACAACACGACUGGUUGCUGACCAGAGCAUCAUCGGCCGUGGGUUAGUCAUCGGAGCUCGAGCCCCAUCAAACGUCGCCAAAUCCGCUGGACUGGACCCUGCGGUCGAUGAUCAAGCUAUCUGGGAUGUGUACGCGCAUGAUUUUGAGCAGACAGACGUGUUUGUAAGGCGCAUCAUCGGCAUCACGAAUCUGAUCUGCAUGGCGAGGGGCUGGACUGGGGUUGUUCGAGACGUUGGUUCGAGACUCAGUAGACCUCUCUGGAAGGCGCUGGGUUACUGA